UGGUGUCAAUAAUGUGAGAGGUGCCAAGUGGCUAAGGAUACACAUCCAGCAGCUCGUACUUUUAUGGGACAUUUGUUGGCUUCUCGGCCCAAUGAGAUUUUGGCAGUUGACUACACUGUGUUAGAGCCUGCCCAGAGUGGACUUGAAAAUGUCUUGGUCAUGACUGAUGUUUUUAGUAAAUACACUCUGGCUGUCCCCACCUAUGAUCAACGCGCCUCCACCGUGGCCCAAGUUCUGGUAGUUGAGUGGUUUUCAAAGUUUGGUGUUCCUGCCCGGAUACAUUCAGACCAAGGCCGUAACUUUGAAAGCUCCCUUAUCCAGCAGCUUUGUGGUCUUUAUGGGAUCGAGAAAUCUCGCACUACUCCAUACCAUCCGGCGGGCAAUGGUCAGUGCGAACGCUUUAAUAGGACUCUCCACAACUUGUUGCGUACUUUGCCUGUGUCCCGGAAGAGAGAUUGGGAUUCCUGUCUGCCACAGGUGCUUUAUUGUUAUAACACUACUCCCCAUCAGGCGACUGGGGAAUCUCCUUUUUUUCUUAUGUUCGGUCAGGAGCCUAGGCUUCCAGUUGAUUUCCUUCUAGGCAGAGUGGCGGAACCCGUGAGUGGACAUGUCCAUGAUUGGAUUGAAGAACAUCGGACUCGACUACAGUUGGCCUUUGAUGGGGCCAGGGGACGGUUGAAGAUGGCGGCUGAGCGCCGGAAGAAGAACCAUGACCAGCAUGUUCGAGAUCGCCCUCUAAGUGAAGGCCAGCUAGUACUCAUUCGUGAUUGUAGUACCAGAGGGCGUCAUAAAAUUAGAGAUUGGUGGAGCUCUGUGAUGUACCGAGUUCUAAAAACGCCUAAGGCUGGUGGAGCAGUUUACGCCAUCGCACCUGUGGAUGACCAGACCCAGGUCAGGCACGUCCAUCGAACUUUGUUGAAGGCCAUAGUAAAUGUCUCUGGUGUCUGCCCUGGUAACCCUUUGCCUAUGGAGUCAACAUUUUCAUCAGAUGAAUCUUCGGAUGAUGAGGACCUGGUGGUGUUGAGGCAGGAAGGCCCGGGGGGAGUGUCUGGUUCCUCACUGUCUAGGCCAGUGGCAAGGACAUGUGCUGCUCAGAAGUCUCCUUUGCGGCCUGCUGAAGUCCCAGGCCCCUCAGUGGUUUCUCCAUCAGUAGUGAGUCAGCCACUUGGUUCCAGAGUGGUUCCAGCCAUGAGUUAUCCUUACUCCCAGGAAGUGGAAGUGCGAAGGACAACCCGAGCAACGGCAGGCCAACACUCUAACGCUUACCAUCUUCCGAGGCCUGCGGGGGUGAUGGCACAAGGGACUGUAAGCUCUCUCGACCCUGUGUCUAAUGCAGUUGCUGCCCUUUUUAGACCCUGGAGUUAGACUUUGUAUUCCAUCGUCGGGUCGACGAUUUAAAAAGGGGGGGGGUAGAUUGUGGCAGUAUGACUAUUUUAAGUACCUGUGCCUUUAAAUGGGCGGGCCAAUUUGUAUUGUAAUUCGUGGUAGCGCCCUAUAAAAAUGGCAGUGGUUGGCUGGGGGUCGAAGGCUGGCAAGGUUCUUCCGGUUACCUGACUUCGUGGUAAAGAUCUGCAUACGACGGAUUUAUUGGAGGCGGCUGUUUGGUAGGUGGCAGCGGGCAACGUGGAGGGAGUUUAUCCGGCUGGUUGGAGAUCACUACGCCAUUAAGCAUUGCUGCUCUGCCUGCUUUUACAGCUGCGGUCUGGAUUGCCUGUCCUGCAGUUGCUGCUCUUUGCCUCUUUGCCUCUUUGCCUCUGCUCUUGUUUUCUCUUCUUUUUUUGUAUUGAAUGUGAGGGAUUUUAUCUUGUGUGUUUUAAGAUUCUUUGGGGUUGGGAUGCCAUAAGGGAGGAAGGGAACUUUGUGGUGGCAUGUUGUAUUGUGUGUAUGCAUGGGAGUUGUAGUGUUUUGUUUCAGGAUGCCAUCUGUUGUUUUGACUGUUUAACCUCCUACCCUGUGUGGACCAGCCCCGAGGUUUUAUCUCGUCGUGUGGAUGGUGUUUUUUUAAUUUUGUUUUAAUAAAAGAUUGUAAGUGGAGCCACGUCUCUUGCUGCCGUGUAUAACGGACCUGAGUACCUUUCUCUUGGAGUUUCAUUUAGCUUAGGAACUAUUUCCCUGGGCGCAAUUCCCAGGGUGGCGUAGUCGGUGUCUUAAGGGGUGGUUCCCCUGAACUCUGAGCCCAGCGCUG